GUUUCCGUCAUGAACUUCAACAAGAUCUUCGUCUUCGUCGCCCUCAUCCUGGCCAUUAGCUUGGGUCAGACCAACGCCGGAUGGCUGAAAAAGCUGGGAAAAAGAAUUGAACGCAUUGGCCAACACACUCGGGAUGCCACCAUCCAGGUCCUUGGAAUUGCCCAGCAAGCCGCUACUGUGGCAGCUACUGCCCGGGGUUGAAAAUCUAUUAUU